AAGUGUAGGGUGUCAGAGGCUGGACUGCAGUCAACAUUACAAAUGUAAGGGGAGGACAAAUCAAGAGGCUAUCAGAAGAGUCAACACACGAGAAAGAAGACCACCGCUGAUUAAGCGGGUGUUCCUAAGGACUGACUGUGGAUCAGCUGUCCAGAUGAGAGAGUGGAGUGAGUCGGAGAUGACCAUGUCUGCCGGUGGUUACCUCUCUGCCUUUGAUGGAUACGGCAUCUCUGAGCCUCUGCAGUACUACGAUGUGCUAGGGGACCCUUUGGGCUACUCUUUCCAGGAGCCAGACCUACAGGGCCUAGCCUUCAGCCAACAGCAGUACAGCCCCGUCAACCUGCAAUUCUCUGUCUACGAACCACCGUCCUCCCAGCCGUGCCACCCACCCUACACCCACCCCUACAGCCCCCACUGCCUGGAGGCUCCCUGUGAGCCCAGCCCAGAGCCCCAGUGUGGAGGCCUGGGGAAGGUGGGUGGUGGAGGUCUGCCCCUGGUCAAGAGGACCAGGCUGGGCCCUGGAGGGCGGGUGAGGGGCCUGGAUGAGCUUUGUGUGGUGUGUGGAGACAAAGCCUCUGGCUACCAUUACAAUGCCCUCACCUGUGAAGGCUGCAAAGGUUUUUUCCGAAGGAGUGUGACAAAGAAAGCAGUGUACCGGUGUAAAAGUGGCGGAGGCUGUGAGAUGGACAUGUACAUGCGGAGGAAGUGCCAGGACUGCCGCCUGCGCAAAUGUCGUGCUGUGGGCAUGCUAGAUGAAUGUCUGCUGACGGAGGUGCAGUGCCAGUCAAAGAGGCUGAGGAAGGGAGCCAAGCACAGAGGCGGAGGGCCUGAGGAUGAGGAGAACAUGGAGAGCAGGAGCGUCAGCUCCACUAACAGGCUGCUUGGACAUGUGGUGUCUGCAAAUCUGUCAAGAGAACAGAAUCAUGUGCUGGACAGGAUAGUGGAGGCCCUUCGGCAGUACAGGGCGCAGUACACUGUACACUGUAGGGUGUUUGAGUGGACUUGUACAGAGGAUGGUGGAGACAGACUAAUGGACGUGGCCUCCCCUCCCUCUCAGAGGCUGCUGCAGUUUGCCAAGAGUGUACCUGGCUUUGAGCUCCUGAACUGCUCGGACCAGAGCACCCUCCUCUCUAGUUCCUCUGUGGAAGUCAUGUUUCUGCUCUCAGCGCAGCAGUUCACCCAAAACCCAGCAGCCUGUAGUCCAGCACUACAGCCUUUCAACAUCUCAACUCAUCAUUGUCUGAAAAUGAAGGAAAACAUUCAUAGUGGGACUGGCCCUGUAAACUCAGGAAUCAAUGAGGACCUGCUCGGGCCGGUGAUGAACUUCUUCCACAGCAUGGCAGCAUUGGGGGUGACCGAGGCUGAAUAUGCCCUGCUCACUGCUACAGUACUGCUAUGCUCAGCAGACGAAGCGUCGCUGCGGGCGGUUACGUGUGUGGAAAGCUUACAGGAGCUGAUCCUGGAGCUGCUGUCCAGGGUGUGCGGAGCCUGGUGUGGAGCCCAGGGCCCUCAGGGAGCCCAGCGCUUCGCGCGCCUGUUGGGGAGACUGACGGAGCUGCGCACGCUACAACACAACCAUCUCACCCUGCUCCGACAGCAGCCCUGAGACAGACACUAGGCACGGAGAGACAGGGAUACAAAUAGUUUAAAUAAGGACUUAGUUUAAUAGUUUAAAUAAAGACUUAAUUUUGUAUGUUUUCUCGAAUUUGUACCCAAAAAAUGUAAGUAACACAAUUGGCCAUUUAUGAUUAUGCGGUUUAUCAUGAAAAUACCAUUCUUUUGAGUGACUGGUUUUACUGUAAAGUUUAAAGUCAAUGACCAGUAUUAAACCAAUAUGAGUUUUGUUAUAUGGAGUAUACAGAUAUAUUAAAAAAUAAUUGUAUCAUUCCUUGGCAGUCAUCGUGAUUGUGUCAACUCGUUUCCAGGAUGAAAAUGAAUCAACCACCUGGCCAUAACACCGCUCUGGUGGAUCUGUUAUACCUUGUUCUCUUGGAGUUUAAAGGGAUAGUUACCAACAAAUAUGAAUAUGAAUGAUUUUACACUUACCUAGGAUGUUGUCGGUCGACAGUAGUAGCUUGGCAGUUUAGUGCAAAACAGUUUAUUGAUAUCAAUUGUGUCUAACCCCAAUACACCUUACAGAUACCUCAGUCGUCCAACUUCUAUUGCAACCACAUCACUCCCACUCUGUGAUAAAGGGAAUUAUUUCUCAUGGUUGUUGAAUUUAUUUUCUUCAGACUGCUUUAAUAAGUGCUCCACAAAGCAGGGAGAAUUCCUAUUUGCUACUUUCAAAAACGAAAUCACAUAUAAAACAUUAUAUGUGGAAAUGUAAGUAAAAUGUAAAAGUAAAGAUAUAUUCAAUGUUCUGUUCUGAUAUGUAACUGUGCCACUGUAAAAGCUGUGACUAGUUAUCACUGUUGAUGGCAGUAAAGCAUAGUUGGGUAGAAACACAUAAAUCAUACAGUCAAAUAUUGUUUGACAGAUUCUAAAGUACAUCAAAAAGUAAUUAUUUACUUUCAUUUUGUGUUAUGUAAUCUAUGCAAACUAAAAUACAAAAAUAAAGAGAAUACACAUGGAUUAAUAAAAUAAUCAUUUAAAUAAAUGACUUUAAUCACUACGCACAACUUAAUAUUUUCAAUACUCAGUUUAGUUGUUCCCUUUGUUCAUGGAAGUGUCCAAAUGAAAAACUUAAUUCAAGACAUAUCUACAUGAAGAGAAGAACCAAAACUAUUAGUAGUGCUUUUGGGGACUUUUGUUUUUUAUAGCAUAUCUACUAUUUUCUUACCAUUUUGUGUUUUGAAGUUGUUGUAUAUGUUUUAAAUUGAUUUGUAUAGUUAUAUUUAUUAUUUUCUUUUUCAAGACAUACACAACACAUGUCAACACAGAAAAAGAAAAAAGGUGACGUGACCAGAAGGAGUAUAUAAAAACAGAAAAACAAUGAGACAAAUACAGCAGUUAAGCAAACAAACAAUACAUACAAACAUACAUGAAAGAUAAAGCUAAUUAAUGAAGCAUCAUUAACUGGAAUAUAAUAAUUGCAGUAGUAAUUGUAGUAGUAAUAACAACAGUAAUAAUCUGAACAAUUAUAUUGUUAAAAAGCAGAAGGAAUUAACCCCAUUUCACUUUUGGUUGAGUCUUCAUAUUUUCAAUCAAAAGGGCAAGAAUCAAUUCCAGUUCAUUCUUGUCUCUACUACACCAAUCACUCCUCUAUUGCGUGCCUAGAUAUACAUUUAAAAAGUGUCAAUCAGAGUCUGAUGGGGUUAGCAUCGUUAGAUUGUGGAGCUUUUUGAGAGGAUAUGUGAGUGUU